AUGCCUAGAGACGUCGUGGGACAAAUCCCUCCCCAAACCACGAGUAAUCGUUACUUGCGGAAAGCCAAUCUUCAGGAAUUACUUGAAAGACUGUUCCCGGGACAAACAGAUUUUGGUAUUCAGCUUAGAGAAGACCAAUGGUGGUUCACUGCCCCUAAAAUAGUGGAGGCUGUAAGUUGUGAUCUCUUGCCCGUCGCGAAAUGA